UCUGCUGCUGCCGCAGUUUCCACACAACCAGGGACUGUACUGUACUGUCGUAUUAAGCAGCAGCAGACAGCCAACAUGAAUCAAGAUCCUGUUGUCAUCGUCUCUGCCGCAAGGACACCAAUUGGGUCCUUGAACGGUUCUCUGUCCGCGGUGCCUUUGGACGACCUGUGUUCCGUGGUGAUUAAGGAUGUCCUGAAGCGGGCUGCAGUGAAGCCGGAAGACGUGUCCGAGGUCAUCAUGGGGCACGUCCUGACGGCAGGUCACGGGCAGAACCCGGCACGUCAGGCCAGCGUCAGGGCAGGCAUCCCCUACUCGGUGCCGGCGUGGAGUUGCCAGAUGGUGUGCGGCUCGGGACUGAAAGCUGUUUGUCUGGGGGCUCAGUCCAUCCAGACCGGAGAGUCCACGGUGGUGGUGGCAGGAGGCAUGGAAAGCAUGAGCAGGGCUCCUCACAUGCUGCACAUGAGGGCAGGAGUGAAAAUGGGCGACGCCUCCCUGCAGGACUCCAUGGUGGCCGACGGUUUGACCGACGCCUUUCACGGCUACCACAUGGGCGUCACAGCGGAGAAUGUGGCCAAGCAGUGGGGCGUGAGUCGGGAGGCGCAGGACGUGUUCGCCGUCCGGUCGCAGAACAAGGUGGAAGUGGCGCAGAAAGCCGGACACUUCCUUCAGGAGAUUGUCCCAGUUGUGGUUUCGUCCAGAAAAGGUGCAGUGGAGGUAAAAGCGGAUGAGUUCCCUCGGCACGGCAGCCAUCUUGAGAGCAUGUCCAAGCUAAGGCCGUGCUUCGUAAAAGACAUCAGCGGUACCGUCACCGCCGGCAACGCCUCAGGUAUUAAUGACGGCGUGGCCGCCGCCGUGCUCAUGAGCCAAUCGGAGGCCUCGAGUCGGGGCCUCCGAGCCAUGGCCAGAAUCGUUUCGUGGGCUCAAGCCGGAAUCGAGCCGUCCGUCAUGGGCACUGGGCCCAUACCUGCCAUCAGAAAAGCGAUUGAGAAGGCAGGGUGGGAACUGGACCAGGUCGAUCUUUUUGAGAUUAACGAGGCCUUCGCUGCACAGUCCAUUGCAGUGGUGAAAGAGCUCGGAAUAAAAGAAGAAAAGGUGAACGUGCAAGGUGGCGCCAUCUCGCUGGGUCAUCCCAUCGGGAUGUCGGGCUGCAGGGUUCUGGUGACGCUCCUGCACGCGCUCCAGAGGACCGGGGAGCGGAAGGGCGUGGCGUCCCUGUGCAUCGGGGGAGGGAUGGGCAUCGCCAUGUGUGUGGAGAGGCUCUGAUGGUCACGUCACUGUUUACACUUGAAUCGCAGUAAUUUUGUACCUGCCUGACACUAGUGAUUUUGGAGGUCAACCUAGUCAAGCAUGCCUCAAAUGGGAGUCUCCUCAGCCACUUGCAGUUCAGUAAAUGAACGUCUCUGGUCACGAGAUGAGGAAAUAAAUCAGUAGUUUUACAACCAGUGCAUACGUAAUUGGUAACAAUGAAAAGCUUUAUAUGUUCUGUAUAAGAGAGUACUUAAUGGUUCGUAGUGUUAUUUCUGGGCAUUCUCAUUGCUCUUCAAACUCACAUUCAUUCAAUUUCCUGUAAUAUUAAUGGACUUGAGAACGAGACUGUGCCAUAAGGUUAUGUUUGCCUUGACUAAACUGACCUGUAUUUCCUGUUAAUGAGGGGUUCUCAAACUUUGGGUCCAGGGACCAUUUACAUGAGAAUUUAUUUCCAAUGAACCCAAAUCUGAGUGCAUUUAAACAUAACUACCGUGUAUUUUCAAGAAGGCAUUACACCAAUGUUUUGAGAGAGAUAAAAGUAAUAAAAUAUUUUUCCAAAAUUGUCAUCAUACAUUCUAAGUUUAACAAGGAAUGAAAGUCAUUUUAAAGUAAUUUUAUUUACUAUAUUCUUGUAUUUACACUUUGUUCUGGGAGUGGGGGGUUCAGGACUUUAUCCCCGACUGUGCCUUUUGAAACAAAACAAAACAAAAAAACUACAGGUACUUUAUUCAUGCAUGGAUAUCAGUUUUAUGUGAUUUAUCACAAUCAUAAAGACUUUAAUAUUACAAUUAAGAGCAAAUUAUUUUGCAGAGCCCCUAUGCCCGUUUAAGAAUCUCUGCUAUAAAUUGCCACUUGUGAAUAAAGUGUGCGUAGCAAUAAAACUUAAGUCAUAUGACCACUUUUAAUCAUUUCUUUCACAUAACAGACCAAGCACAAGUUAUGUUGAACUUGAAUCAAUGGCCAUCUUAUAACCAUUGGAACUUUAUUAAGUAUCCAAAACAAAAGGACUGGGGAC